GCGCUCAGCCGUACCGAGGAGGAGUCAACAUGGAAGGCGAGGCGCCUUCGCUGCUGCUGCCGGAGAAGGGCUGCCGCUGCCGGGCUGGACGGCGCCGCCGCCGCUGCCUCCUCUUGCUCUUCGCCAGAUAGGCGGAACCCUCUCGCCCGCCCGCCGGCCUUCCUGCCAGUGACCGGGGGGCGAAAGUUUUAGGCCUGGGUGCAGCAGCAGCAGGUGCGCGGUGGCGCCGGCGAUGGCGGCCCUCUGGAAGCGAAGGCGACUCGGGAGGCGCCCUCCUCCUUCCUCCGCCGCCUUUUGAGCCUCGGCCGCCCCGCUGGUUCUCCCCGCCAGGCUUCCCGUGUAGGAGGAAGGCGUCUGGAAGCGCGCUCGGGGGGCAGAGAGGCUGGGCACCGCUUCCUGGGCGGACUGCGAUUCUCCAGAGUCUGGAGACGAAGGGGUACCUGGUCGGUGCCGGUUUUCUUUUUAUUUCCCCCCCCUCUCCCCUUGGAGCCAACUAGGAGGAGACUUCGGCACGUGUGAAGCGGUGACGCCUUUUUUUUUAAAAUUGGGAUUUUAAACUCGUUCUUGUCACUUGACCCCAGCGGCGUGGAUUGGAGAUCAUAGCAUCCUUAACACGGGUUACUCCAUGUCAUUGUAUGCCUAUCUACGUGUUUAAAGAUGUACACGUUUGUGGUGCGGGAUGAAAACAGCAGCGUUUAUGCCGAAGUCUCCAAAAUCCUCCUUUCCACUGGACAAUGGAAGAGGCUGAAAAAGGACAACCCCAGGUUUAACCUCAUGUUGGGGGAAAGGAACAGGCUGCCUUUUGGGAGACUGGGUCAUGAGCCUGGCCUUGUACAGCUGGUGAACUACUACAGAGGAGCUGAUAAACUUUGUCACAAAGCUUCUUUAGUGAAACUAAUCAAGACGAGUCCUGAAUUGGCAGAAUCUUGCACGUGGUUCCCAGAAUCCUACGUGAUUUAUCCAACUGAUCUAAAGACUCCAGUAGCUCCGGCACAGAAUGGGAUCCAUCACCUGAUAAGCAACCCAAGAACAGAUGAAAGGGAAGUCUUCUUGGCAUCCUACCAAAAGAGGAAAGAGAGCAGAGAGGGAAACGUUUGGAUAGCAAAAUCUUCAGCAGGUGCUAAAGGUGAAGGAAUUCUUAUUUCUUCAGAGGCUACUGAACUUCUGGAUUUUAUAGAUAAUCAAGGACAAGUACAUGUGAUUCAGAAAUAUCUUGAGAAGCCUCUGCUCUUAGAACCAGGUCAUCGCAAAUUUGAUAUUAGAAGCUGGGUGCUAGUGGAUCACCUGUAUAAUAUCUACCUCUAUAAAGAAGGCGUUCUACGGACCUCUUCAGAACCUUAUAAUAGUGCUAAUUUCUUAGACAAAACCUGCCACUUGACCAAUCACUGCAUACAGAAAGAAUAUUCUAAAAACUAUGGGAGAUAUGAAGAAGGGAACGAGAUGUUUUUUGAGGAGUUCAAUCAAUAUCUCACAAGCGCUUUGAAUGUUACUCUGGAAAAUUCAAUCUUAAUACAAGUCAAAAAUAUAAUAAGGUAAUGCAUUUUGUGUGCACUGUAGAAGUAUGCUGAGGACUCUGUCAAAGUAAAGGUUCCUCUUAUUUAUUUCAUUUUUAUCCUACUCUUCCCUCAGGAAACU